AUGAAAGUCUCCAGACGAAUUGACGGGUCGAUAUGCGGCGCGAUCCUCUUUUUGCACCGCCCGUCGUCGUCAACGUCGUCGACCUGGCAAUGGCAGACCAAUAUCUUACCUGCGUGUUAUAACCAUGGCGGAGGGUCGGGGAGGGGUUUUCUGAAUCAUCACCACCGCUCGACAGCCCCGCUUCACUAUGCCUUGACCCUCCCGACCCUCCGCCGAUUCUCGACCAUCCGAUUUUGGAGCUCCUUCCGGCCGUCGUUGGCUUAUUUGGCAAAGAGCAACACCGCGAGAGCUACACCUCCAGCACCGGCCAACGACGAAACGUCACCUUUGUGCUCCGAGCCAGACCCAGGGUCAGAAACAGUCCACCCUCCACCAGGCCACUCCAAAGAAGAGCUCCUCGCCCUCGUCGACCCCUACGAUGGUGAACCCAUCGCGCCCCUGAGCGAUUAUGUCCGGUUGCACGCCGACCCCUACAUGCGCGGUUAUGCCCAAGCCGACACCCCCAAGAUUUCCCUCGCGAAAACCAAAGAACAAGUCGAGUACCCUGCUCCCGACGAGGUUAUCCGCCCCCGGAAUCAACAAGAUGAACAAAUCCUCUUCGAGCUGCGCUUCGCCGUCAGAUACUACCUUAUCAAGCCCGAAAUGGGCGACCUAGACACCGUUUACUCCCUGUACCAGCGCCUCCCCGAACCGAAAAUCCUGCAUCUCGACGCCAACUUUCGACAUCAACUAUUGAAAGCCCUCGGUCAACCUCCCAAGCUGAAUGCCAGAUCCAUGAUGCGCUACUUUACUGUGAUUGGCGAUGUCAAAAACAGCGGGAUUGCCCUGACGAGAAGUGAGUGGAACAGGGUCAUUCACUUUGGCAGCAAAUACGUCGGCAGAAUCACAGAGGUGGAAAACGAACAGGCGUUGAAGAUGUGGAGGGAGAUGGAGAUUGAUGCCGGGAUCAAGGGGAACGAUGUCACGUUCAACAUUCUGUUCACUGUCGCCUGCAAAGCGGGCAAUUUUGUGCUGGCCGAGAUGAUUUACAAGGAGAUGGAGAAGAGGGGGCAUGUGUACAAUCGGUAUCACUACGUCAGCCUGAUUUACUACUUUAGUCUCAAGUACGAGACUGGGGGGAUGAGGGCGGCGUACCGGGAGAUGGUGGAGCAGGGGGAGAUUGUCGACACGGUGGUGCUGAACGCCAUGAUGUCGGGCUUGCUGAGGGCGGGGGAGGAGACGGCGGCGGAUAGGAUAUACGAGAGGAUGAAGGCUGCGAAUUCCGACUUGGGGGAGGUGCCGGUCAAGGGGGGGGUGAUGACGGAGAGGGCCAUCACGCAGGUGUUGAUGAUGAUGGGGAAGUUGGGGAGGAGGUUCCCCGAGCAGAGGGAGAGGUUUCAGAGCAUGGCGUUGACGACGCCGGACCUGCAGACUUAUAGGAUCUUGGUGAAUUACUAUGGGAAGCAGGGGGAUUUGGGGAGGGUGGCGAGGUAUGUGGAUGAGAUGAAGUAUUUUCAGAUUCCGCUGCACGGGGCGAUUUUUUUGGGGCUGUUCAAGGGCUUUGCGAGGCACGGGAGGCUGCACAGGAGUGCGUGGUCGGAGAGGCAUUUGGAGGAGAUUUUCAAGGCGCUGCUGAGGGCUGUGGGGGAGAGGGGAGGGGAGGUGACGGGGGUGCAUUUGCAGACUUGGUUGGUGGUUUGGGUUUUGAGGGCGUUUGAUGCUUGCUCGGGGAAGAAGAGGGUGAUGGAGGUUUAUGAUGAGUUGAGGGGACGGUGGGGGGAGGAGGUGGAUGAGGGGUUUGUGGGGGAGGUGCUGGGGGGGAUGGUGAGGAGGGAGUUUGAUUUGCAUGCACAGAGGAGGGGGGCGAGGUAUGGGAUAUGA